AUGUGUACGUACAUUAUUUGCGGCACCUCCGGCGGAGGUUUGCCGUUAUUUUCGAGGAAAAAAGGAAAUUCUGAAACCCUCCCUUUUUCGAUUGUUGGAUCUUUAAACGGCAUCCACAUGUUCGGUAAACCGCUGGGAAUAGAAAUUUUGGAAACUUUAACCGACGACUAUGCGGUGUGUUGGAGGGAAUUCGAAGACAGCAUAAUUUUAAUCGGCGUGGCGAGCGGAUGUUCGGUAGAAGUACUAAACCAGUUGCUCGAAGAAAUAUUCAACACCAUCGUACUGGUAGUCGGGAUAAAGGAAUUGAAAACUCAACGGAAUAUAGAAAGAUUGAAAAGGGAAUUGAGACUUUGUUUACCCGUUAUCGAUCGACUGUUAGAUUCCUUAGAUAGCGGCGAUGCAAAUAAUCAACACGCUUCCGAUAUCGUGGGUUUCGUGGAGACCACAAUGUGCCAGGAAAACCACCUUAUACAGACAGUUCUGGAUUCGUUUUCGGAAAGCGUAGAUUCCAGUUUCUGUUGUGUGUUAAUCGAUGGGAAAAUAUCAGCGGCUACUGAAAGUUGGUGGUCUCUACAUCCGGUCGAGUUGAGAUUGUUGUCAUUUCUAGCGGUAUCAGAGAACACGACAGAUUCGAAAGACUUUCCUGUAUUCCUGCCGUACAAAAGCCCCACUGUGGCUUUUCGAUUUGUCGUAUGCUUGCUCGUACCGAACGUGCAAAUUUGCUGUCUUUGCGGCCUCACGCCCACUCUACAAGAAAUAGAGCAUUCCGUUAAGCAGUGCUUCAAAAACUCCACCGAUCUACUAACAGCAGCCAAAAACUAUUCACCCAAUUUCAACGUAGAUACUAACAUUCUAGGUCAUUUACUGAUAAACAUCACGGCGAAAAAGUACGUGAUGUCCAAAAGCCUUCAACAAUCCGCGAAGAAAUCCAACGCUGGGAACUCCCAUCGAAUCGACAUCCUGCGGACGUUCUUCUACAGGGCCGUGGUCGCCCAUUUGGUCGACGAUUCCGAUGACGAGAACGUCGGUCUCGAAACGUACUGGUGCUCCGAGUACCACAAAUGCCACGCCGUUAGAACCAACGAUAACGUUCUGUGCGUAUUGUACAAUUCCACGGUACCCACUCACGCUUUGAAUGGAAUCACCGAGAAGACUCUUCGGGCGCUGGUUUCCGAUAAACAAGUCUGUUGGUAG